AUGUGGAAGAUGUUUACGCUCAACGGCACGUACAAGUGGGUCGACGCGUUGCCGCGUCUCGUGUCGGAUUACAACGCGCGCAAGCAUCGCACCAUCGGCAUGCGGCCCGCCGACCUGACCCCCGCUGUCGCCGAGAGACUCCUGGGCACGGUGUACGGCGCGAUAAAGAUCGCCGGUCCCGCGAAAUUUAAAGUGGGCGACGCGGUACGCGUGAGCAAGUACAAGACGAUCUUCGAGAAGGGUUACACGCCGAAUUGGACCACGGAGGUGUUUCGAAUCGUCAGAGUGCAGAGGACUAAUCCCGUGACGUAUCUCUUGGAGGAUUACCGCGGCGAACCGGUAGCCGGAGGAUUCUACGAGCACGAGUUGCUUCGCGUCGCUAAUCCCGACGUGUAUCUGGUUGAAAAGGUGUUGCGCAAGAAGGGAGACAAGGUGUACGUCAAGUGGCUGGGAUUCGACGGAUCGCACAAUUCGUGGAUAAAUAAACGAGAUGUCGUAUGA